AUGGGCGACUUGCUGGCCCAGUUCCGCUGCCUCAGCUGCUCCAGGCGCUUCUCCGCCCAGGCGCCCGACACCAUGGGCGUGGUGGGCCGCGUGUUCGCCAGCGGAAAGCCCGAGUUCUGCGGCGACCUGCAGGCCCUGAAGCCGCCGGCGUACCUGCGCUACCGCGAGGCCGCGGACUGCAACCUGCACUCCAUGUUCGCCGUGCCGGUGUACAGCGGCGACAGCCCGGAGGCCGUGGCGGUCGUGGAGCUGCUGUGGCACGACAGGGACGUGCCCUUCGAGCAGGCCGUUACGCGCCUGCAGUCAUGCUUCCAGACGGUGGGUCUGCACACGGCUGAGGUGGACUUCUCAGACAUCACAAUGGGCAUCAACAUGGCGUGCCUUUGUGAGCACAAGCCACACAACUGA